AUGGAAUCCAACCCAGACUCAGCAGCCUUGGCCCAACAAGUUCAAGCCCUUACAGCCACCAUUGAAGAACUCACUAAACAAAACCAGGAAAUGAAGCUACGACUCCAGCAGAUUCAACAGGCCCAAAAGGACGAAAGCCGGUCCAAGGGUAACUUGGAGGGAGAAGGGGAUAGCCACAGGAGAGGUACCCCCCAAAGGCCAGCUACCCCGAACGAACAGAACUCAGAUCUUCUUCGAAGAAUGAGGAAAGAGAUGAACGAACGAAGGAGCGCCAUCAAAGAGAAGACGGACCGGAGUGUAGACAAAAUGGUAAGGGCUACGGAUUCACCCUUCACCGCAGCGGUACUUGAAUGCCCCGUACCGUCAAAGUUCCGUUUACCUCAAUUAAAGCCAUUCGACGGACUCAAGGACCCUCAGGAUCAUCUUAAUACCUUUAAAACGACUCUGGGUCUUCAACAACCACCUGACGAGAUACUAUGUCAUUCCUUCCUAACCACUCUCAAAGGACCUGCAAGAGAAUGGUUCACGAAGUUGCAGACCUUGUCCAUAGACAACUUCGAUCAAUUAAGCAGUGCCUUCUUACACCAUUUCAUAGGGGGGCAACGUCCAAAAAGGCCGGUAGACUACUUACUUACCGUAAAGCAGGGAGAGAAGGAAACUCUGAGGUCAUAUGUCCAACGAUUCACCCGGGAGACUUUGGAGGUGGACGAAGCCGAUGACAAGGUGCAGCUGACGACCUUCAAAGCAGGGCUGAGGUCCAGAGAUCUUGUGGCCUCCCUCGCUAAGAAUCCCCCAAAGACGAUGGCAGAAAUGCUUCUGAAGGCACAGAAGUACAUGAAUGCUGAAGACGCUUUAGCUGCCAUAAAGGAUAAUGAGAAGCCAGGCGACAAGGCCAAGAGGGAAGACGAUCGCAAGGGGCAGAAGAGAGAUCGACCAGAUCGUCGGAACAACGACGGGAAUAGGAGGAAAGAUGAUAAAAAUCCUCGGACGGUAAGAUUUACUCCUCUAGUCAUGCCUGUUGACAAGAUUUUCACGCAGAUCAAGGACGAGCAUUAUCUCAAAUGGCCUAGACCAUUGCACUCAUCCCCUAAUGUCCGUGACAAGAAUAAGUACUGCCGGUUCCACAAGGAUCAUAGCCACAACAUGGAAGAUUGCAGGGACCUGAAGGAGUAG